GAAGACUGAAGUCAUGAUGACCAUUAAAGCAUUUCAUGUAACCCAACAGACCAAAAACCAAGAAAUUACACAGAUGGAAGCUCAAAAUGCAGUGUUCAGGAAGGCAAAAUUCCCUCUGCAACAAGGCAAAAUCGUCAAGGGCAGAGAAAGCAGAGAAAUUGAAGAGAUGGGUAUAAAAAAGUACUUGGCAAGGAAGAGAAGAGAAGAGAAAAGAGUAAUAAAUGGGGGACUGAGAUGGGAGAGAAAGGAAGGGGAGACGGGAGGUGGGAUCUACAUGCGACGGGACCGCGUGGACAAGAAGAACAAAGGAGAGUACUUGAGUAUUCAUUUCCAAGUUUCCUGAUUCUUUGGCUGCUUUUUGACUGUAUUAGUUAAUCUGCAAAAUCUUUUUCCUGCCCUUUUACCAAAAAAAAAAAAAAAAAGGUCUUUUUCCUGCCUUGAUUUGGUGUAAUAAAAGGAGAUUAAGGGACCGUUUUUCUUUCCAGUGGAAAGAAGGCAUUUUCUUGCCUUUUCUUGGCAUAGAAAAGGCACAAAUGUUUGUUGUGGUCCGUUUUGUACUUAAAUAAAAAUAUUAAUUUAGA